CUCGCGCGGUGCUUUUCGUUAGUGAAUAAGAUUGUGUAAGAAAUCGAGAUUGAUGAAGUAUUGUUAAUCAUGUUUUAGCCAGGCUUUACUAAAAUGUUGGUAGAUGAUUGCUCCAUUUUCUAGAAGAGAAAUAAUUUUGAAUUCUAUUUGUAAUAAUUUGGUGGAAGUCUUGAAAACUAGUCGGUAAGCGAUCAAAAAAAUAUAUUUAUUUAAAUCCUCGAAGACUGUCGAGACUACUAGCCAUGUCUGAAGAACUAGUUUUGUCUGAGUCAGUCUACUAUAUGUUGAGUACUGGUUUCUUCACAUGUUAUUGGCUACAGAAAAAUUGUACUUGCUUUGUUAACAGAAAUUCCUAUCCUAUCUAGAGUCUCACUCACUCUUAAUUCAUGUAUAAGGCCGUACUUGGUGAUCAAACUGUUUUAAUGGAAGGACCUACUGGACAAAUUAUUGAUGUCCAUCAAACUCCACCACCAACAAGAAACCCAUCCCACAUUCACGUUUUUGAAUCAGGCGAGCGGUUUUCAAGAAAAGUAUUUGUUGGAGGGCUUCCUCCUGACAUCGAUGAAGAUGAAAUAACAGCAAGCUUCAGAAGAUUUGGACCUCUAGUUGUUGACUGGCCUCAUAAGGCUGAAAGCAAAUCGUACUUCCCUCCAAAAGGAUAUGCAUUUUUAUUAUUUCAGGAUGAGAGUUCAGUUCAAUUACUCAUUGAAGCCUGUAUACAGGAUGAAGAUAAAUUAUAUCUCUGUGUUUCUUCCCCAACUGUUAAAGAUAAACCUGUACAAAUCAGACCAUGGAAACUUUCGGAUGUAGAUUUUGUUCUUGAUGCAUCAAUGCCAUUAGAUCCGAGAAAAACAGUUUUUGUUGGAGGUGUACCUAGACCUUUAAAAGCUGUCGAGCUGGCUAUGAUUAUGGAUAGACUCUACGGUGGUGUGUGUUACGCUGGGAUCGACACGGAUCCAGAUCUAAAAUAUCCAAAGGGUGCAGGAAGAGUUGCAUUUAGCAACCAGCAGAGUUAUAUUGCUGCCAUUAGUGCAAGAUUUGUGCAGCUACAACAUGGAGAUAUUGAUAAAAGGGUGGAAGUGAAACCUUAUGUACUUGACGAUCAGAUGUGUGAUGAAUGCCAAGGACAGAGGUGUGGAGGGAAAUUCGCACCUUUUUUCUGUGCUACAGUGACUUGUCUGCAGUAUUACUGUGAACAUUGCUGGACUACCAUACAUUCACGACCAGGAAGAGAAUUUCAUAAACCUCUGGGUAAAGAAGGAAAUGAUCGGCCUCGAACCUUACCUUUUCGUUGGUGUUAGUAGGCAGUGUAUGUAGGUGCCAGAAAUAGUAGCUAAUUAGUAUAAAACUUUAGGUCAUGCACGUUAAAAUUUUGAUAUUUGUGUACAACCAAAACCUAUUAGGAAUUUAUUGCCUUUUAUUUCCUAUCAUUUAGGAAUUUAUAUUGUUUAUAUAAGGCACCUUUGUCCCGAUUGAUGUUGAAUUUUAAGCUAUAGGAAUUUUUAAAAAAAUUCUAUACUUUUUAGAAAAUUGAUUUAUGAUUUAUUUUUAAUGUAAAUUUUAGGUAUUAUGAAUGGAUUGUUUUAUGCAGUAGUUACCAAUUUAUGAAUCUUUAUAUUUAUAGUAAAUUAUUUGUAAUGAAAAUAGUAUGUUUAAAAUUUUGCUUUAAAUAUUUUUAUAAAUUUCUCACCUCUGUUCCAAAAUAUAUCAAGAACUACUAGGUCUGGGGAAAUAAUUUUUUUAACCACACAGUUAGCAUCCAUUAAUAUUGUGGUUACUCUAAAUUUUGAAUAUACUUACCAUUAAUUUUUAUGAAUAUAUUUUUUUAUUUAUGAAUUAUAAUUAUUAAUGAAGAUUAAGCUUAAUAAAUUAUUUCAUUAAUGACUGAAAAACUAUUUUAUACCUAUCGCCUAAUAUCCAUAAUCAAAGUAGCUUGGUUUAGUGAAAUGUAAA